AAUGCCUUGGACCAAACAGUGGCCUUAAGUCUGCUGCUGUGGUAACUGUUUUCCUUGGCCUCUUGGGUGGCUGUUCCUUAAUUAGCAAUCCUAUACUUCAUUAUUCUGAGCUCAGUGAGGCUUAUUCACUGGAUAUGUGACUGCAGCCGUACAAUCUUCAAAUAUCAUCCUUCUCUUAUCAGGGUUCUUUUGAGAUCGGCAGCCAUGUCCCAGCCCCAGUUCUUGUACUGCCCUUGUUGGGAUCCUUGGAAGAUAGGAUGUAAAGAUCUGUUAAAAUCCAAAGCAGGCGAGUUAAAUCAGAGGCCCAAAGUGAGAUUUAGACCCAGGACUUAUGUACAGCCUUUAAGAAGCAGGGAGCCUCAAGAUAUAGCUAAAGAGUUUGAAGAGGAGGUAAUUCCUGGUUUUACCUUGUCUCGCAGUAAAGAACAUAUUGAUGUUACUCUGGGAGAGGAAUUUUUUGGAAGGAAAAAACCAACUGAACAACCUGCCAAACUAGUUGUGCCCAGCACUCCGCCUAAGCCUGAAACGGAGGAUGUUGUUGCUGACUUAGUGGAGCAGAUUUCUGAGCUUACAGCAAUGAUGGAGCAAUUGCGCCGAGAUCACCAGGUGACCCACAAACAGCUGGAAAAAGAGAUGGCAGAAAAAUGCAGUGAAAUGCAAGAGGAGCAUGAGAGCAAAAUAAGGGAGAUUCAAGCUUUUCAUGCAUCAGAAAUGGCUGCCAUGGAAGAGCAAUACAAGAGGGAGUUGCGAAACGAGAGGGCAACUGCCCAAGAGAAGCUGACUGGGAUGCAGAAGGAAUACAAAUAUCUGAAGAAUGCAUUUCGUGUGUACCAGGACAGCAUUUCUGACGAAAUGGAGGAAAAGUGGCUGAGAAGGCAAGCAGAGUGGAAAAAAAGUGAGAGGACUGAGCGAGAGAAGGCACUGUUACAACAAAAACAGUCAUUGACAAGAAAGUUUGAGCUGGAGAUAGAGGAACAGAAGAAGCUCAUUCAGAAAAACAGUUUUUUGAUAGGUAAAGCCUAUGAACAAGAAAGAGAGGAAUUUCAGAAGCAGCAGGAAAUGGCUAAGGAUGCUGUAGAUAAUUUAAACCUCAAGAUCAAGUCUUUGGAGACAGAAUUGAAAGAGAAGAAUGAGACUUUGAAUGCGAUUGCCUCAGCUCUUCACAAGACAGAGUUGGAACUCCGGAAUGAGAAAGCCAACUUGGUUGAGAUGGAAAAAAACAUUCAAUACCGAAUUGCAGCAGUUGAAGAGAAACAUCGAGUCAAUAUGGCUACUUUGGUAGAAGAAAACAUACUCCUGAGGCGCAAACUUAUUGAGAAGAAUGAAGAGCUAUACAAUGAACGUACCCAAAGUACCAUCUUCGGGUAAUUCAGUUAAGACUACAAAGGACGUUGGUGUUUGUCCAAUAGCAGGUUGGCCAGAACCUGUUUCUUCAGAAAUGUCUACAUUUAAAACUGAAUUGGCAAUAUCAGUUAUCAGACUACUUGCUAAUAUCUGUCACUAUGUUCUUUCUUAACAACUACUAGUUAUUCUUGCAUCCCCUUUAAGACUUUCCUAUUCCUAAAUACAAAUUGCUCUUUUAUGUCCAACAGCAGUUUGUACAUACAAUAAACAUUUUCCUGGC